AUGGUCAACAAUGUGCGAGGAAAGGAGGACGACGACGAGGACGACGACGAGGACGACGACGAGGACGACGACGAGGACGACGACGAGGACGACGACGAGGACGACGACGAGGACGACGACGAGGACGACGACGAGGACGACGACGAGGACGACGACGAGGACGACGACGAGGACGACGACGAGGACGACGACGAGGACGACGACGAGGACGACGACGAGGACGACGACGAGGACGACGACGAGGACGACGACGAGGACGACGACGAGGACGACGACGAGGACGACGACGAGGACGACGACGAGGACGACGACGAGGACGACGACGAGGACGACGACGAGGACGACGACGAGGACGACGACGAGGACGACGACGAGGACGACGACGAGGACGACGACGAGGACGACGACGAGGACGACGACGAGGACGACGACGAGGACGACGACGAGGACGACGACGAGGACGACGACGAGGACGAGGACGACGACGAGGACGACGACGAGGACGACGACGAGGACGACGACGAGGACGACGACGAGGACGACGACGAGGACGACGACGAGGACGACGACGAGGACGACGACGAGGACGACGACGAGGACGACGACGAGGACGACGACGAGGACGACGACGAGGACGACGACGAGGACGACGAGGAGGACGAGGAGGACGAGGAGGACGAGGAGGACGAGGAGGACGAGGAGGACGAGGAGGACGAGGAGGAGGAGUAG